UCAGUGUCUGAUGACGAAUUUCCCCACGAAUCAUUAUCACUCAAUUCUGCAAGUGGUUCUAAUUUACUAUCGCUGUUCUCUAGCUGGUCUAAAACCGCUUUUGACAUAAAGGGACGCUUUUUGGACGCCAUGGACUUUUCUAAGUUUCCAGGCAGAAAGAACAGUAAAAAUGUAGGCAGGGCACAGGACAAAGCACUAGCGACAAAAUGUAUGUGAAAUGCUUUGAAACAGUAAUGUUUUACUAUGUAAUAUUUGUUUAUUAGAAAAUGACAGUUUUUAAAAUUUUUAAAUUUGCCGCCGGAACAUGGAAGCCGGCAUGCGGCAUCGGCCAGAGGAGAUGGCCGGGGACGCAUCGCGGGAGCGAAGGACAAGGACGCUGCAGGGGGGACA